GUUGCGUAGGAAAGGGAGUGCUUGGAGCCAUUUUGUGUCAAAAGUCAGCGUCUGUGUUAUUCAAUUCUCUUCUGUGAGUAUUUGGAGAAAGGAACAGUCAGUUUUCAACCUCCGAGAACCUGUUCAUUUGCUUUUUCAUGCCUCUUAGCAACCAGAAUAAAUCCCAUUUCCUCAGGAGAAAGUUUUCACUCUCAUUAGUCAUAACCUCUUAAUUAUCAUAAAAAAAAACCUAUAACCCUCUCACACAUACAUACAACAAAAUUCCUAGAUUUGCAUGUAUAUAUCUUUAUAAACUCUGCAAAUUAGAGGCUACAAGAAGUCUAUGUUCCAAAACAUGGCACUGCUAAUUUCAUCCUAAUUUUGAAGCCUUUUUCUCUAAGGAAAAAGCAUGUGCAAUAUCCUUGGCACAAUUAUGGAGAACUAUCAAGGUGAUUUAAGUGACAUAAUUCGUGCUAGUGGUGCAUCAUAUGGCAGUUGCAGCACGGGAACUUCAUCAUCUGAAGCUGCUAAUCCCUUCUCUCGUAAUUAUCACUUGCAGUUCUCUUCUGAUCCCACGAUUUUCUCUUCUGUUUUGGAAGGGUUUAAUAGCAACUUUGGUGAUCCAUUUUCAAAUAUGAGAGAUCCCUUUCUACACGAGCUUGAUUUGCCUCUCUCUGCCUAUUUUAAUAGCACAAGUUCAUCUGCAGAAAUUAAGAGUUCUGGGGCAUUGGAAGAAGCAACUUGUUUUGGUGGUGGGGUUGUUGCUGGUAGUAGUAGUAGUAGUAAUAGUUGUGUUUUGGCACAGAAGAUUCUUGAUGAGGAUGAUAUGAGAAGGCCAUGUAACAGCAUAUUGUCAAACAUGAUUCAGAUCUCUCCCAAUGAUAAGUUACCCAUCUCGCCAGUGGUGGAUUCUUUGUCAAGGCCAUUCAAGCCUUCUGGUGCGGUUUCAGGUCACAACAUGAUUGAUGCAAAGACCUCUUCAGAUUAUUGCUUGGUGGACAACACAAAAGUGCAGAUCUCAUCUCCAAGGAAUCCAGGUCUUAAGAGAAGAAAGAGCCUGGCAAAGAAGUCGAUUUGUGUUCCUGCACCAGCUGCACCAAACAGCAGACAAAGUGGCGAGGUAGUUCCUUCUGAUCUGUGGGCUUGGAGAAAAUAUGGUCAGAAACCCAUUAAAGGUUCUCCAUAUCCAAGGGGUUACUAUAGAUGCAGCAGCUCAAAGGGUUGUCCUGCAAGGAAACAAGUUGAGAGGAGCAGAACAGACCCUAACAUGUUGGUCAUUACUUACACGUCAGAGCACAACCAUCCAUGGCCAACACACAGAAAUGCUCUCGCUGGUUCAUCUCGAUCCCAACCAUCAAAAAACAACAACAUUGCUGCUUCAAAGAAUGAGGAAGAAGAGGAGGAGGAGAGCAAUAGUGACAGCAAUAAAGUAAAUAACAAUGUCUUUGUGAGGGAGGAAGAGAAGCAGCUUGAGAUGGAUGAUGUAGAAUUCUGUGAUAUUGGAGUCCCUUAUUACAGGCCAAUAUCUAAGAUGAAUAACUACCUACAACUUGAUCAGGGCUUGUUUGCAGAAUUUGGAGAAAUAGAAAAGGAUGAGUCAGUAAACCUAUUGUCUCCACCACAAGGUUUUGAUGAUCAGCAAAGGGAAUCCAACGCUUUAGAUUCAUUCCAUUUCUUUGACUGGAGAGGUGAUAUUUAACAGCACCAAAUACCACCUUAUUUUAAAAAUUUAAGGGAAGGUCGAAUGAGUAUAAUAUGAAAAAAUAGAUUAUGUAUGUGUUGAGUAAAACGAUUUUAUAUCAUCAUUCAAAUAUAAUUCUUGUUAA